AUGAACAGCAUGUAUGAUAGUGAUCCCUUUGAUUGGGACUAAAAUCAAGUUCUUAAUUUUAUGAAUAAUAUGAAAUGUUUAAAAAAGCUUUUAGAUAACCAACAAAACCUAGCAAAGUAUAGAGGUUCUGAUUUUAUCAUGAAUGAAGAAGUUUAGAUAUUUGCUUUCUUUAAGGCCUCUACCCCAGAAGAAAAAAAUCAAUUGCGAGAGGUGAAAAAUCAAAUAAUAUAAAAGCACAAUACUUAUAAAAGUUAAAACAUCGAUGAUUUUGAUAUUAUUUAAGAUUCAGUUCAGCUUAUAGUUACAAACGAUAAUGAUAUUUUCGAUUCUAGGCAGGCAUCGAAGAAAUUAGAGUACUCUGACAGUUUAAAUACGGACAUAGAAAAAGCAAAUGAGAUGAUAAUCAAGUAUUACGAUUUACCUUAUGAUCCAUUUGAUUUCGAUACUCCUAUGCAAUACGAUCAAGCAAAAAAUGAUUAUGAAAGCUAUUUAAGAAAAUGCCCUCUAUACCAUUAGUAUUAAGAUUACAAAUCAAAAAGAAGUAUUAAUCGUAAAAUAGAAACCUAAUUAAUCCUUGAAAUCAAGAGAACAUAGGGAUAGAAUGAGCCUGGCUCCUAAUCUGUCGAAAAAUUUGCAAUUAAAGAAAAUUAAUCAGUAACAUUAGGUACUAAAUAUUGUGAUAUAAUUCUAAAAGACAAUGCUGUUUCUAGAAAGCAUGUCUUAAUAGAAAAUAUUAAUGGCGUAUGUAGCAUUAGAGAUUUAGGAAGCUCCUGUGGCACUUUUAUCAGAAUCAAAAACCAUUAAAUACCUCUCAAAGAAGGAUCUAUUUUCGAAUGCGGUUUUUAAGAAUUUUAAAUUAAUAAAAUCUAAGCAGAAGGCGAUUCAGCAAAAGUAAAAUUAACUAUCUACGAUGGCAUUGAGCAACACAAAGGAAAACAAUUUGAUCUUAACAUUUAGAACCGCUUUUUAAUAGGUCGUGAUAUCCGCUGCCAUUUUGGUUCUCAAUUCUCUGAUGAUAAGGACCUUAGUUCUUAUCAUGCUAAGCUCUCUAUAAAAGAUAAUGUCUUAUCAAUUAUGGACCUUGAUUCGUAAAAGGGAACCUGGCUACGUCUUUCUCCAUAAAAAGAAGAGAGUCCUAAAUAUUAAAUUUAAAAUGAAAGUGAAAUUAAAAUAAACCCGUUUCUGUUAAUAGUAAAAAUAAAUUAAAUGGGCGAUGUUGUUGUUAAUUAAAGUUAGCAGUACAGUAAUGGGAUGUGUUUAAACUGUAAAGCUGUUAAAGCCAAUAUCUAAGCAAACCCAUGCCAACAUGUUAUAUGCUGCAAAGCCUGCUAUUAAAAAUUAAGUUUUAAAGUCUGUCUUCGUUCUGAUUGCAACACUCCAAUUAAAUCAGUUGAGCCCUUAUAUAACGUUUGA